ACUUCCGCAAGCUACAUAAGGCACUGCAACUCUAAAUCUGGAAGAGUUGUCCAAUAAUUGAACAGAAUACUUUCUUAAAGAGCUCUGCACUUGUCUUCUGCAGUCAUAUGUCUGAAUUGCAAUAGAAUGGAACUUGGAGCAGGGAGCCUACAUGUACUUCUGUUUCUCUCUUUAUCUUUUCUCAACACCAGUGCAGCUCCAGUUUUAAAUAAAACAAUGAAUAUGAGCUAUCAACUGGCAGCUGAAUUAAACCACUCUACUCCAGCUCUACUACACUUAUAUCUCUCUGCUCAAGGAUAUCCCUUUGUUAAUGCUAAUGCCCCUGUAUGCAGAGUUGAGGUGAAGUGUCUUCCCAAAGGACAUCUGGCCAAUAUGGAGGAAAAUGAAAUGCUUAAGAAAAUAUACAUUGGUGCAAAACAGUUUGAUCUGCACUUGAAAAACAUUGUGGCCCAGCAAAGGAAUAUGAACUCUCUGAAGGAAAAUUUGCACAAUAAGCUUGAACAUACUCGGAAUCAGCUAAUAUCACUGCAGUCAAACCUCCAGUCCAUUCUACACAACAGAGGUGACCAUGUUCCCAGAGAGUUAAAGUGUUCACCAGAACACAUUAAUAUUCCAAAUAAUCUGUUUGUACAAAAGCAACAAGGAUGUGCAAUACUGCGUGAGUUUAAACGGUAUAUCAAUCAAGUGCUAAAGAGUUUUCAUCACUUAUUGAGGAGAGUUCAUGGAAAACAGCUGUAACUCAGUAGUGUGCUGUACAGUAUUUGGUUUACACUGCACCCGAGUGCAAUGCACUUUCUACAAUUUCCACUGCAGACACUUAAGGGGACUGACAUGAAAAAUCGUGGAAAAUGUAAUAUUGACCUGUUCAGAUACAAUAUGCAAUCUUCUUGCAAGCACAGCAAUAUACUUAUCUGGGCCAAAUUCUUUGCUGAAAUUGUUGCGUAUAUUUAAGCAUAGCUGUGACUUAAAUCUGAUUUUAAAGAAGAAUGAGCCCUGCCUCAUGAAUGUGUUCAGUAAGAAGUUGAGACAUUUCAAAUUGUAUUUUCAGGAAAAAAAAAUCUAAACAUUUAACCAAACUUACAUUUAGAAAGAUUAAAAUGAAGGUAAAAGGUUGACCUAAAUGGACCUGCCAAUUUCUAAAGGUUGAUUAAUGACCCCUAAAAGGAUUAUUUCUGAUACUGAUAUUUUUUAUUAUUAUUGGCAAAUGAAGAGAACUCCAAGUUAGUAUAGAUAGAAUAUUUCAGACAUUGAUAUUGAAUAUAUUAAUUAUUAUAUUUUCAUGGGACGUAAGCCCCUUUCUCAAGUGAUAGUUUUGUGGACCAAUUUGGAAGUACGUUUCUCACCUUUACUGGCUUAUAAAUACAGGUAUUUCUACCUCUUUCCAACAGCAUCAGACUAUUAGCUGCAGCUGUUUCCAAACCCUUCUCUAUUUCUACCUGUAUUUUAUCAUUUUAUUCAGGACACGUACUUCCUCAAGUGUCACUCAAAGAACCCUUGUUUCUGGUUCACCUCACUGUCCAGUGGUCGUAUUUAUUUAUUUAACAUACAAGAGGAUCAUUUAAUUAUGUUAGAUUGCGUUAAAAACAUGCUCAAUAGGUCAGGCAACUUUGUCUCUCUCUCCACAGAUGUUAACAUUUCAAGGUAAUGACAUUUUGUCUGCUUAAGCAUUGCAGCAAACUGUUUUGAAGAAAAGUCACGGGCUAACAGUCUGGAUACUGUUUUGUUGCUGUUAUUUAUUAUUAAUUCUUCAGGGUAUUGAAUAUAUUAAAAUUUUGUACACAGGCUUAUUUAAUAUGUAUUUUUUGUAUUUAUUUAUAUGAUGGAUUUUUAAAUAAAGAACUCAACUGAA